AUGAGUGCCAUCCUCUCCACCGACGACCUCAACGACUUCAUCGCCCCCGGCGUUGCCUGCGUCAAGCCCAUCGAGACCCUCCCCGCCGCUCCUCCCCCCUCCUCCCUCGAGACUGAAGUCAUCCUCGACGGCGACUCCCGCUCCGCCACCGCCUCCACCGCCCCGCCUGCCGAGAUCUCCCUCACCGACUGUCUCGCCUGCUCUGGCUGCGUCACCUCCGCCGAGGCCGUCCUCGUCAGCCUGCAGUCCCACGCCGAAGUCCUCGCAACCCUCGACGCCGCGCCCUCCCUGCGCGUCGUCGGGCCCGAUCCCUCAUCCGGCCGAUACGCUGUGCUAGGGCUGGAGGAUGAAAACGCAAAGCUGCUCGUCGCGAGCGUCAGCCCGCAGACGCGCGCGAGCUUGGCGGCCGCGUGCGGGCCGGGCGUCUCGGCCGCGCAGGCGGGCGCCAUGCUGGAUACGCUGCUCCUCGACGGCGGCGCGCUGACCCGUAGCGGGAGGCACGCCAGCGGCGGCUUCGCGUGGGUGGUGGACACCAACGCCGCGCGGGAGAUGACGCACGUGCUGAGCGCCGAAGAAGUCCUCGGCUCCUCCUCCUCCCCCUCUCUCACAGCAACGGCACCCGCCAAGAAGCCCAUUCUGGCGUCGUCGUGCCCCGGAUGGGUGUGCUACGCCGAAAAGACGCAUCCGCACGUGCUGCCGCACCUCUCGCGCGUCAAGUCACCGCAGGCCCUCACCGGCACGCUCCUCAAAACGACUCUCAGCGCGGCGCUCGGCAUCCCGCCGAGCCGGAUCUGGCACCUCGCCGUCAUGCCGUGCUUUGACAAGAAGCUCGAGGCCAGCCGCGAGGAGCUCACCGACGAGGUGUGGGCGCGGUCCGGCCGACCGGGCCGCGGCGUGCGCGACGUCGACUGCGUCAUCACGAGCAAGGAGGUCCUCAUGCUGGCUGAGAGCAGGGGUCUGGAUUUCUUUAAGCUAUCGCGCGAGGCCCGGCCGCCCGUCAUGGCGCCGUUCCCCGACCCUACGCUACAAAAGUUCUUGUUCCGCCAACCAUCGCCCUCGCCGGCCGUGUCAAAAACAACACCCCUUGCCGCCGGCUCGUCCGGCGGUCUCUUGUACCAUAUCCUGCAGAGCAGAGCUGCACAGACACCUGGUGCCGAGAUCCAAGUCAUCAAAGGCCGCAAUGCCGACGUUGUCGAAUACGUCGUGUCCGUCGACGGCGAGCCUGUUUUCAAGGCUGCGAGGUACUAUGGUUUCCGCAACAUCCAGAACCUCGUUCGGCGGCUGAAGCCGGCGCGACCGUCUAAGAUGCCGGGCGGCAAGCCAUUUGGCAGCGCCCGUCGGCCCACGGGCGGCAAGUCGGCUUCACUCGAGCACAGCUACAUCGAGGUCAUGGCGUGCCCGGGCGGCUGCACGAAUGGGGGUGGCCAGAUCAAGGUCGACGACACUGUCGUGAUGGAACGCAAGCAGCUGUCCGACAAACCUGGGCCGCAGGAGCAAAAGGAGUGGCUGGCCGAGGUGGAUGAGGCGUACUUUUCGGGCGACGACGAAGCCGCGGUCGAGGACGGGCCUGCGGCGGGAGACGUGGUACUCGGCGUCUCCCACUCUUAUAUAAAUGAUACCCUGGCAUACUGGUCAGACAUGACCGGCAUUGAUUUACGUAGACUUGCAUUCACCACAUACCGCGAGGUCAUUAGCGAUGUUGGAAAGGCCAGCGAGGGCGAACGGGUGAUCCAGCUCGCAGGCAAAAUUGGCGGCGGGUGGUAG